AUGACGAGCGUCGCUUCGCUCCCGGACUGCAGUCCCGAGGCGGCAGUUCGUCGCGCCUCCCCGCUUGACCUGCAGCCCGCUUCCUCUCCUUCUUCCUGCUCCUCGCUGCCUGUCUCCGCCGCUGCCUCUGCUUGCGUGUCUGUCUCUCCCUCUACUCGGCGGCGCUUCUCGGCUGCGUGUCUGUGCGCAAGCGAGCCCGAGGAUCGCUUCAUCGCGCCGCCGUCUCUCAGCCUCCUCCAUCGGCUGCGGGCGACGCUGAGUCACCCUUCGCUCUCUGCGCCGCUCGUCGCUUCGCGGGAGAACGGGCCUUCUGUGACAGACUCGCCUUCUUCGCCGGCGCAGCAGGCGCCUCUGCCCGCCACGUCAGCGCCAGGCUUCUCCGCGGGGGGGAGAGAGGUCAAGCGCGAAGAGAAGGGCGAGCGGCGCCGGCAAGAGCCGAGCGUCAAGUUAGAUCUGCAGCGCAGGCAAGCCCACGCGGCGUACCGGCGACUGCUGUGCUCAAGUCUCUUUCCGAGUCUCUGCAGCGAAGUGCAGACGCGCGGGGGACUUCCAGGCGACGAAGGCGGCUGCACGUCACUCAGAGGAAAGACCGCGCGCACGGGUCCAGAGGGAGCAGGCCCCAGGGGCUGCAAGGCGAAGAGACGCGCAGCAGAGGACAGGCCGGAGCACUUCCCCGCGCCUAGUCCGCUGCUGACCUCGCCGCUCUCGCAGUCUCCGCGGAGUCGCAGACGGCGCAGGCAGAUGCGCACCGCUUCCCCGUCCUCGCUCUCCGCAGCAGACGUCCGGAAACGCUUUCGAUUGCUCGAAGUCGCGCCCGCCUCGCGAGCCGACUCGCCGAUCGCCUCAGAUGAAAACUGUCUCCUCUCCGUGCCUCCCGCGGUGCUGCGGGGAGCCGACGGCGACGGAGAAGGGCCUGGAAGCCUGGCGACGGCUCACGGGGCUACGUGGCGCGGCGUAGACGACGAACAGGACGACUUCUGGCGCACCUGGGAAGAGGAGGAAGAGUCUGAAGAAGAAGCAGACAGACCUGGCGGCGCGGCUGCGUCAGGUCCCCAGCGCCCGUAUCGCACGCUGCCUGCGCCGGAUUUGCUGGACGACUUUUACCUGAAUCUCGUGGACUGGAGCCGCGACAACGUGCUUGCGGUUGCGCUCAAGUUGAAGCUCUUUCUGUGGUCGCCGCGCGCCGGGCGCUUUGCCGACGGCCGGCAGUCACACCUUCUCUUCAACGCGAGCGGCGCGAGCUCCUCUCCGAGCGCUGCCGGCGACGCGCGAGAGGACGGCGUCGUUUGCGUGAAGUUCUCUCCGCAGUUUCCUUCGCUUCUCCUCGUCGGAUUCCGCAGCGGCUUGGCAGAGCUGUGGGACAUCCAGGCCGAAAAGAAGCUGCGGACGCUUCGCGGACACGCCAGCCGAGCGACGGUCGCGGCCUGGAGCCCUACGCAGCUGACGGUCGCGACUGGCGCAAGAGAUCAGAAGAUCCUUGUGCGGGAUCUGCGAGUUGCGCGACCCUACGUUUCAUGUUUGGUUGGGCACGGCAGCGAGCUGUGUGGCCUCGACGUGUCUCCUUCCGAGACGCUUCUGGCGAGCGGCGGCAACGACAACUUGCUCUGCGUGUGGGACUACCGCGCGCUGCCUUGCGCCGUCCCCUCCACUGCCGCCUCUGUCUUCUCGCGGGGCGGCGGCGUGGACGCCGGCGCGCUGCCCUCUGCCUUCUUCCGCGGCUCGGCUGCAGGCCGCUGCACGCGGAACCACUAUCUGAGCGUCGGGCGCUUCGAGGACGCGGCGUCCCGCUCCGCGGGGGGUGCGCAGUUCUUUCUGCCGGCGGCCUCCGCGGCGGCGGCGCACGGGCGAGCGGCGGAACGAGAGCGAGGACGCCGCGGACUCUUUGCAUCUCCGCUGCCGUCGCUCUUCCGGGGGGCUCGAGACCCACUGCUUCUCGACGGCCUCGGGAGCGCAGGCUGCCCGCGCACGUCGUCGCUGUUUCGAGGCCAGGGAGACGCGGCGCCCGCGCAUCUGGCGUCGUCCUCUGCGUGGAGCGCGGACCGGGGCGGCGCUGGGCGAUGGCGCGAGAGGGACGAGCGCGGAGAGGAGAGCGGUGGACGCGACGCCGCGCGGCACGCGUCUGAUCAGGGCUUUUCGCAUCUCUUCUUCUCGCCGCUUCUGCCGGCUUCGGAGUCCGCGGCGGGCGCCGCCGCCCUCUGGCCCGGGGACAGCGUGGUGGUCGCGUAUCCAGACCGGCCGCAGUCUCUGUCGCUCUCUGUCGUGGAAAGCGCGUUUCUGGAUUCCGCAGGCGACGUCGCUUUCGGCGGUGGCGCGCAGACUGCGUCCCUGUCCUCUUCGCCGCCCCUCGCGUUCCCGCUGACCGGGGACGGCCGAGGGAGGCGCGAAGAAGGCGAGGCUGAUGAGCGGGUCGCCCGCGACCGCAGACGGGGGGAGAGGACGAUUUUGCGCACGCCCCCCGUUCUCGACCAUCUUCAGAGUGUCUCGAAUUCGCGUCGCUCCUCUUCUUCCUCGUAUUCUUCCCGAUUUCCGAGUGCCGCUGCGCAGGAGGCGACCACACACGCAGCCCGCCUGCUGCCUGAGCGCGCGAGGCGCCUUUUCGGGGCGGCGCUGCGCGGGCUCGACGGGCUCUACGCGGCUGGCUUCGCAGAGGCGCAAGACGAAGAAGCACUCUCCUUCUCGCAUUCCUCGCGGGUGCUCUUCAGCGCGGCAACGAGGAGAUCCGCCGGGGUCCCGGCUGGGGGUCGCGCCCCGCACUCGGGGCUGGGCCUGGGGUUUGCGCACCCGGCGGUCUCGGGUUCGGACGCCGGGCCCUUCCGCCCCGGAGCCCAACGCGGGGCCGCCGGCCUGGGACCCGAGCGGGGCGGCCCCUCUGGCGGGCGCGCGGGUGGCGGCGGCGCCCUGUUCAGAGAUUCCGCAGCGAGGACAAAGCCCCCGCCGAGCGCGAAAGAAAAGGCGAGAGACAAGGGACGGUCGACGCCGCUCUUCACGUACCAGGAGCACUCGGCCGCGGUGAAGGCCGUCGCGUGGUCGCCGCACGCGACGGGCCUUCUCGCAAGUGGAGGCGGGACCGCUGAUCGCCAUGUUCGCUUCUGGAACACGAGCUUGGCGACGACAUCGUCGGUAUAUCGCUUCGACGUGGGCUGCCAAGUCUGCAAUCUCUGUUUUUCUCCGCACUCCGAGGAGCUGCUCUCGACACACGGCUUCUCGCUGAACCAGGUCUUCAUCUGGGACUAUUCGCCACGUCUCCUCUCGUCGUGCUCCGCGCCCUCCUCCGCGCCGUUCCUCUCUUCGUCGCUCGCGUCGGUCUCAGACGCCGCACUCAUCAGCGCCUUCUCCUCUUCGCCUGCAGCCGCCGCCGUUGAGCACCCAAUGCGCAAGCGCGCGACCCUCUCCGGUCACACCGCGCGCGUGCUUUUUGUUGCCGUCUCCCCCUGCGGCCGCCGCGCGGUGACUGGCGCAGGCCGCGGCGACGAGUCGCUCAAGUUCUGGCGCGUCUUCGAGGGCGACUCGCGCGCCUCGGGCGACAACGCCCGCCUCCCGCGAGACGCCGGCACGAUGCGCGCCCAGGGCUCCGCGCUGUGGCGCCUGCGAGGGUCGGGGCGGCUUCGCCGCCGAGAGCGGGCUGACGAGAACGAGAGCUGCGACACAGACGGCGACGACGACGCGCGGGAGGAUGCGACGGGAUUCGGCGCGUGGCGCUGA